GUUGUCACUAGUUACCACAGCCACAAAGUGAUACACUCCGCUUAUUUCUACAAUUAUAUUCUUAAAAAUGUGAUUUUAAACCUAACCCAAAUCUUAAACACACUGCUAACUGUAUGACAAUCCCAAACCUUGAAUUAAGACCAAAAAUACUAAUUUUGGUUUUUAUGAAUUUUUCCGAAAUGGAAUUUUGGCUUUGUGGCUAUAGUAACUAGUAAAAAGCUGGUUGUUGUCGUUAGCUAACUAGCUGCGGAGGCUACAACAACAUAUCAACCUAGCUAUGUGUUUACUUACGACAGCUCUCAACGUUUAGUCAGAGGUGUUGUGGAGAUGGAGGUGUCAGGCUACCAGUCCAAGCUUCUGUGUGAGCUCAAUGAGCAGCGGAAGAGAGAUUUCUUCUGUGACUGCAGUAUAGUCGUGGAGGGGCGGGUCUUCAAGGCCCAUCGCAACGUCCUAUUCGCCGGCAGCGGCUACUUCCGCGCCCUAUUGGUCCACUACCUACAGGACAGCGGUCAGCACCACAGCACGGCCUCUCUGGACAUCGUGACGGCCGAGGCCUUCUCCUUCAUCCUGGACUUCCUGUACUCGGGCCGACUGGACCUGCGCAGCGAGAACGUCAUCGAGGUGAUGUCAGCGGCCAGCUAUCUCCAGAUGACUGACGUGGUGUCCUUCUGUAAAGGUUACAUCCGCUCCUCUCUGGAGAUCUGUAACAGGGAGAAAGAGAGGGAUAGAGAUAGGGAACGGGAGAAAGAGAGGGAGAGAGAGGGUCCGGCUGACAGUGGAACCCCAGCCAUGCCACCUCCCUCUUCCAGAGCCUCUGUAGCUGUACCUGUACCGUCGUUGUCACUAGACGGAGAUGGAGUUACUCAUGUAAGUUUAGAGCCCUCCCCUUCCACGGUCACAGACCCCCCAUCCUCGGCAGCAGCCCUCCCCAGGGUCCCCACGCCGCCCGGCCCUAGCAGAGACUCUGAGAGCGACUGCAGCUCCAGAGGGGAGUUCCCAUCUCAUAUUAUUGGGGGCCUGACCCCCCACGGACACGGGGACCAUCUGAUGAACCCCCUUUCCCCCUCAACUUCUGGGUUGACCUUAGAGCUGGUGCGCCCCAAGAUCGAGUAUGACCCUGAUGACGAGCCUGAGGAGGGGUCCCCCGAUACCAAAGACCUGCCAUUGUUUAUGGUACCCUCCCUCCACCACCACCACCACAUCCAUGAAAGACUGGCAUCCUCCAGCCCUUCCCCCAACAACGAGCGCUCGUCCUUGGGCUUCGAGGGCUGCCACACCAGGCAGUUCAUGGAUGUGCUGUUGAGAGGUGGCUCCAGCCCCCACAGGGACAGAGGGGAGCAGGUCCAGAUGUUUGCCCAGGGAAUGGGCCUCUGGGGUGGGGGAGACAGGGUGGAUGAGGGUCUGGGGAUGGGUGGGUCCUCUAUUAUGGAGAUACAGAGCGACUGGUACGGAGAGGACACAGGAGAUGGCUUGGUGGUGCCGGUGAAGCUCCACAAGUGUCCGUUCUGCCCGUACACCGCCAAGCAGAAGGGCAUCCUGAAGAGACACAUCCGCUGUCACACUGGAGAGAGACCCUUCCCCUGUGAGACGUGUGGAAAGAGGUUCACACGCCAGGAACACCUCCGCAGCCACUCACUCAGCGUUCACCACUCCAGUUGGCCAGUGGUAUGUAAGGGGUGCAGACGAAGCUUCACUGGAGCCCUGUCCCACGGACUCAAACGCUUUGGCCUGUGUGACAACUGUACCCGCGUUACGACCACGGGUCACGACGACUCACCUCCCGCCCACAUCAACCUCGACGGCCAACCAGAGGCCAUGGAACGCGGGGACGGAGACAGUGAUUGGCCCGUCUUCAUGGAUGAUGCUGAUGACAUGGAGGCCGGGGGAGGGAUUAUAGAAGUGGGGGAGAAGGGGAAACCACACAGAUGAGUGUCAGAGAUCCCAUCCACAGUGGACAUGAAGGAGAGGAGACAAGGAAAGGAAGAAUUGAACUUUAGGAUUAAAACUGGGGCUGAUGUUUCCCUCUGUCUCCUCCCAGUGGUUUAAGAAGGGAACAAUACGAGACAGAGUUCCAUGUCAACCUUGUCUUGGCUACUGUUAUGAUCAAAAGAUGGUUAUGAACUGGAGUGAAUUAUGUUUAGCAUGACCAUUAGAGGAUCGUGUUGUACCGGGGAAGAAGACGUCGCGUUGUACCGGGGAAGAAGGCGUCGCGUUGUCCCGGGGGGAAAGGCGUCGCGUUGUCCCGGGGGGAAAAGCGUCGCGUUGUCCCGGGGGGAAAGGCGUCGCGUUGUCCCGGGGGGGAAAGGCGUCGCGUUGUCCCGGGGGGAAAGGCGUCGCGUUGUCCCGGGGGGGAAAGGCGUCGCGUUGUCCCGGGGGGAAAGGCGUUUCUUCUAGUGUACUCGGUCAUGGUGGCACAGUGCACCUGGUGAUUUAUGCCAUAGCAGUCUGAAAUACUCCCAGCACUACAAUAUGUCCAUCAACUUUGUUGUUAAGCAGAGACUGAUUCUGUGUGUCGUUGUAUUGUAUUUGAUGGCAGAUCGACAAACUGCUUAAUGGAAAAUCUUGAAAAUGCAAUGUGAGAUUAUUUAAUGAAUUGAUGUCAAUGGUUUGGAUAAUGUUUUGUGCAGUAUUAAAGACAUCAUAAUGUU